GUUAGAGCAACGGCAGUCCUCACAGUGCUGCUCAUUCUGUCUGCGAGUGUGAUCUGCGCGCACGGCACGACGCUUGAGGACGACCUCCACAUCGUCCACAAUCUUGACAACAGGAGUCCAGAGAUUGACCCGUUCUGGUAUGUGGGCCGUGGGGUGAGGCCCAUUGGCCGCUUUGGAAAGAGGCAGAGCAGCAGCAGCCUGAGGCCUGCAGUCAGUCACCUGGAGCUGCUUCUCCAUAGCCUGAGGGACAAAGACGUGCAGAGUCUUGGCAAGAUACUGGCAGGCGAGGAUUACGACAGGUUACCAUGA